AUGGUUGAUAAUUGUGAGCAUUACUUGUUUUAUUUUAUAGUUUCUUCCAUAUCUGCCAUUAUGAACAACAUUCCUAUGCUUAACGGCACAAACUUCAAGAAACGGAAAGAGCACAUUAUGAUUGUUCUUGGUUGCAUGGAUCUUGACUAUGCAUUAAGAUGUGAUCGCCCUGCGGACUUGAACGAAACUAGUACUAAUGAAGAAAAGGGCAAAGGGAACAUAAGGGAGUACAUUAUGGAAAUGUCUAAUCUUGUGACAAAACUCAGGACUUUUAAGCUUGAAUUGUCUGAUGACAUACUUGUGCAUCUAGUUUUGAUCUCUCUUCCUGCACAAUUUAGUCAAUUCAAAGUUUCAUAUAAUACCCAAAAGGAAAAAUGGACUUUGAAUGAGUUGAUAGCUCAAUGUGUGCAGGAAGAGGAUAGACUGAAACAAGAGAGGAUUGAAAGUGCUUAUUUGGCAUUUACUUCUGGAACUAAAAACGCCUCACAUAAGUGA